GGCUAAAUGAGCCUUAGUCGCCUGCCCCACACCACACCUACACCCAUCAUUAACACGCACACUCACCACACUCACCUCGACAUCACCACACUUCACAUCAACACCACCCACACGCGCGAGCGCAGGAUCCACACACAAAAACACACACCACAUCACUCCACUAAAAAAGGGUCCGCUUUACACAGCUCAGUUCUGAUUCGACCGCUUUCGAAACCACGUCGCUUUCCACCACCGCUACGCAGCGUAUUCAAGUUAAUUAUAUUCAGUGAAGUUUUAUUGUAAAACCAAAAAAAAAGAAAACCCACAAAUCAAUCAGUGCAAUUGAAAACAAAUACAAGUCGGUGGUCAAUUAUAUUGUUAAAGCCAAAAUCCCGAGGAUUUUUAUUUUUAAAAUACCAAAGGCUAACAAGUGAUCAAUAUGGAUGCAGACAUGCCAGCAGCCCCGACACCAACCACUCGUUCGGCUGUCAAUGUGCCACGCCAAGCGGCUGCCCCAGUUGCAGCGCCCCGAACAACCACCCCAACGAUGCCUCGGAGUGGAACGGCCGCAUUGCCGUCAACACCCGCGCUUGUCGUCGACCCACCACGCCGUAGAUGUCCUCUAUGUCGUCGACCCCACCGGCUGCCACAAUGCGUCAUUUUUAAGGGAUUGCCACCUCAGCAACGCCAGUUGGUCGUGCAGGCGCACGGCCAUUGUCUCAAUUGCCUGACGACUAUCCACCAAACGCAUGAGUGUACGUCGGGCAAUCUGUGCCAGAUUUGUAUGCGCCCGCAUCACACUAUGUUGCACCGUACAACGCGGAACGACACCAGCCAACCUCCUGCCGGCCGCAACCGCGGCGCAGUCCGACGACCUCCAUUAAGCCGGGAUGCACGGUCUCGUCGAACCAUAGGGCCAUCAUCAUCCCGUGCCCAGCGGCCACAUAGUGGGGCAUCAACACGACGCCAGCAACAACGACCGCGUCCGCGCCGCACCUCAGGCCUCAGCAGCGUCGUGGCCACUCUCCAGCAACUCCAGAGAAUUCUAGGCUGAAAUAUUCGCCUAGGGGGGCCGGGAUGGCUAAAUGAGCCUUAGUCGCCUGCCCCACACCACACCUACACCCAUCAUUAACACGCACACUCACCACACUCACCUCGACAUCACCACACUUCACAUCAACACCACCCACACGCGCGAGCGCAGGAUCCACACACAAAAACACACACCACAUCACUCCACUAAAAAAGGGUCCGCUUUACACAGCUCAGUUCUGAUUCGACCGCUUUCGAAACCACGUCGCUUUCCACCACCGCUACGCAGCGUAUUCAAGUUAAUUAUAUUCAGUGAAGUUUAUUGUAAAACCAAAAAAAAGAAAACCCACAAAUCAAUCAGUGCAAUUGAAAACAAAUACAAGUCGGUGGUCAAUUAUAUUGUUAAAGCCAAAAUCCCGAGGAUUUUUAUUUUUAAAAUACCAAAGGCUAACAAGUGGUAAGUGAAGCGGGCAACCAUUAAAA